AUGCUUUACACGGUUCCACGCACCGAACUCAUCAAGCACCCCCAAUCCAUUAUUCCCACCAUAGAGGGCGAUUACUACAUCUCCACCACAGCUAUCUUCACGCGAUCCGUUUCCGAGACGCACCGCAUCACUCGUCUGCUCAACACUCUCAAUAUCGGCACCGUGUCGCUCCAAAACGACCUUUCUCGACAGUCGCGAGUAGUUGCUUUCAAUAAGCUCAAUUUCAAGGAGUGCCAUGCCAUUGUGGCGACGGACGUCGCCGCUAUCCUCUGUGAUCCCAUCCCUCGGGUCGACCGCAUCAUCCACUUUAGCCUUACAUGGAGCGUGACCGCCGAGGCAUACACGCGGCGAUGCGUCAGCAACGCAUUAGGUCUCGACGGUGAUGAUGAUUCGAGGCAUGCCAUUACCUUUGUCACGCAACACGAUGUAGAGAUAUACCUGCGCCUGGAGAAUGCUCUUGACGUGCCCAUGGCGGAAUAUGCUGUCGACGUGGAUAUGGUUAUGGCCUGCAAGGGGCAGGUGGACGAAGCUGUGCGUGAGGACCCUUCGCUGAGAGACACUGGCACCAGCGCCUGA